UGUGGGCAUUCAACUUUGACCUUAGACUACCCACGUGGCUUUCAUUUAAACAGUACAGAAUUGAGCAAUGGCUGAGCUAGCUGCUCCCCUAGCCAAGAGGCUGUGUACAGCUGCCACAGCUGGAUCUGUGAAAAGGAUAGCCAUUGAAGGAAACAUAGCUGCAGGUAAGUCCACCUUCCUGCGAUUGCUGGAGGAGCUGAACCCAACAUACAGAGUGAUCUCUGAGCCGCUCACAAAAUGGCUGAAAGUGCCUGCAGAAGGAGAGGACGUGACAGAGUCACAGCAGAAUGGUGGGAAUCUGUUAGACAUGUUUUACAAAGAACCCAACCGCUGGGCCUACACAUUUCAGACCUAUGCUUGUGUGAGUCGGCUUCGAAGCCAGCUGCGGCCAGUUGCCCCGGAGGUGCUCAAGUCAAGAAACCCUGUGGUCUUCUAUGAGAGAUCUGUGUACAGUGACAGGUUCAUCUUUGCCCAGAACUGUCACUUAAGUGGGCUAAUGAGUGACAUGGAAUGGAACUUGUACUGUGACUGGCACUCGUUCCUCACCUCCUCCCUACCCGUGCAGCUGGACGGAAUCAUCUACCUGCGAACAGACCCAAAGAAGAUUUGCUAUGGGCGUCUCCAGAAGCGAGGGCGACCAGAGGAAGACACAGUCUCUCAAACCUACCUCGAGACCUUACACGAGCGACAUGAAGACUGGCUCAUCCACAAGAGCAUCAAGUCCCCCUCCCAUUUGUCUGGUGUGCCUGUGCUGUCACUAAACUGUGACUCAGAGUUUGAGCAGAACAAGUCCAGAAUGGAGGAUAUGAUGAAAUCGGUGGCAGAGUUUGUGGAAGAUGGGUUAAUGGAGUCAACAGUUGGGGAGAGUUCACCUGCUAAAAUUGCUACCACAAACUGAACUGACAUAAUUAUUAUAAUUAUGCAUGCACGUUUUUCAUGUACCCUUCAAUCUGAUGCAACUAUACUAGUGUACCAUAAUCAAUCGACCUAUAGCUUAAUUUGUUUACCCAUAUCCUGUACGUGUGUGCAUCUAUUAUUAUACAUGUACACAUUUUUUGUAUGAUGCCAUGUUUCAUGACAAUUUUAACUUGAG